AUGUUUUGGAACGUGUUGUUGUUGUUGUCGGUUUAUGUCUUAACACAUUUUGCUUUCGUGAAUGGUGAUGUUCAAGGUAUGUUACUUGGGUUAUGAUUUUAUUUUGGCUUUAGAGACACACUUUGUUCGUUUCAUCAGGGGAAAUUUUUUCGGUUGUAGAGGGAGAUAGUUGCUUUCGUAAGGUACUGUUUAAGUAAUCAAUUGUAGAAGCAGGAACUGGGUUAAUCGUGAGUUGUUGUUACCGGUUCCCUUUUUGAACGUUAACCGAACUGACCUUGGAGGGUAUGAAUGGCUCUUUAAAUGUUUGUAGAACAUUUGCACAUUCCCAAAUAUUACAGUAGUUGAGUAACGCGCCAUGAGUCUAAAAUCAUUUUGGUUAAAACAUAGGUCAUUGUCAGAUUAACGUUGUUGAGUGAAAGGGAUCCGAUCGCAUCACAGCUAGUUGAUUCACAUUACGUGUACAAUUUACUUGCAGUAAGGAGCGUCCUCUUUUGCGGUUUUAUCGCACCUUUUCCUUAGCCAUUUUAGCUGACAAAAGAACUCACAUAUAUCCAAUUCAGUUUGGCUUUGCUCUGGAUUCUCGUGUGGGAAUCCAUUAAGUUUUAGUCAAAUAUUAUGUCGCCGAUGACGGAAGUUAAAAGUUUGGAGCUUUCGAGUUAACUUACUACGAAUUCGCUGAAACUCGAGAAAAUCUCCCAAGGGGAAACAAAUCGGAAUCACUAGAAUAUUAAGUGUAUUUUGCGGCGCACGAAAGAUGGAAAGGAAGUCACGAAUAUAUUAAAAUAGAAAAUUAAAAUAAGUGAUAUGUCGCAUGGAUGUAGUUAUUUAUUUCUGUUUAUUCAGGGAUCGUAAAGCCACCCUAAGUAAAUGUGUGAAAAAAGUUAAUAAAAACGUGAUUAAAUUAAUGAAUCAAAAAAUAAUUAAAUAACCCGCCCCGUUAGCUCGUGUUACCUCACCAUUUUUACAAGGUUGGUGGAAAUCAGUUCAAACUGGUGACAAUUCUUCUUAGGAGAAAAGAAAGGCCUAUUAAUCGGUGCGAAAUCAGUCACAAUUUGCAGUGUUUACUGUCUGAAAAAUGAACAUAUUCAGGGACAAAUCCUAGAAUUACAGGGUGGGGGUGGGGGGGGGGGUGGGGGAUCCAGAUAUUGAAUACAUAAUAUUUUUUCAAUACGGCCUAAAUAAGCUUAGAAAUACUUAUGGAUAAGCAUAUCUUGAAUAUUUCAAGUCGAGUAGUAAUAUUAGUAAUAUGCGAUCCUGUCUUUGGAAGAAUUUUAGUUUCAGACAAGGGAUAAAAACAUCCACAGGUCUCACGGGGGGCAAAUUCCAGUCAUCCCUACCCCCUUUCUGACUGUCCCCCUGAUGUGAUGUUUAUUGCUUGUUUGUUUGUAUUGUUUUUCUGUUUAGCGAGAACUUGUGCCCAGAUCCCUGUAGAUGCAAGGCUGUCUUGUGGACAUGUCAACCAAACAGUUUGUGCCACGCUUGGUUGCUGCUGGAAUAAACGCGAAUUUUAUCCUUCUCUGCAAUGUUUUAAGGAAAGGUAAAACCAAUUAAUAGUUCCCAAUCCUGACAAAGGCAAAUUUUAGAAACUGCGUGAAAUACACUAACAGCUGAUUUAUAGAUUUGAAUCAAAAUUUGUUGGAUAAAGCAAGUUUACGAGUUAAGUCCAUGUUUUUAUCCUGAUUAGCUCUUGGGUUGAUGAAAGUAAUCGAUCACUGAUUGUUACUAUGUGGCCAAUCUUUGCAAAAAUGACAGAUUCAUUCACUCAUUAACUUAUCUGUAAUUAUAACCUGACCCUGCCCUCCUUUGGUUGAAAGCCAAGUUUUAAGUUUUAUUCACAUAGAAGUAAAAAGAAGGUUAAAAGAAUUCAUUAUUUAAAGAAUAAUAUCCACAACUUAUAUAUAGUCUAUUUGUCUAAUUUUGUUCUAGUUAACAAGGGACAGGUAUAAUGUUCCUAGAAUUAAAGAAUAAUCACUUUAUUCUGAAACAAUUUAAUUUUGUUUACCUAUUCAGGAGAGACGAAGUACAACUCAGAAAAAAAAAAAAAAACAUGAAACUAGAAAAGGAUAACUUUUUGUGACAAUUUAAUGUUUCUCAAUGGAACCUAUUCGGUGAUAUCCUUAAGAUAUAAAUUGUUAUUGCCCCUCAAACUGCAUUCACCUUUUAAUUUUUUUUUAUCAAUCAUGCAUAAAUGAUGAGCAGCUUCAAGAGUUUGCAACAACCCAAGCUUUGCAACAACCCAAGCUUUGCAACAACCCAAGCUUUGCAACAACCCAACCCAGUUACAAGAGAGUAAUUCGCGAUUCACUUACUUCUUUUCUGACUUUCUUCAAUUCAACAGUUUAUUUUGAGCUGGUUUGAAUAAAUUUUCCAUUCCUUCCACAGUAACGACAUAUCCUCUCAUCAAAAAUACCGAACGCCGCGCAAUUUUUUAGCUCGAAAGUAAUGCAACGAGGGCUACUCAACCCAAGAACAGAUAGAAGAAUUACUCGGGCUUCCAAUCCUUUCUUGGGCCAAGUUUGCUUAUAAAAAAAAGAAUUUCAAAAUUUUAUUUCUUUUCUUGCGACAUUGUUAACAACUCUCUCUCAAUUGAGCCACUUACCAAGACUUCUACAACGUGGAAAAUAACCUUGUUGAAGACCCAUUUUUUCAAAAGCUUAAAGAUUCAUUCACUCAUUAACUUAUCUGUAAUUAUGUGAUAAAUGUUUGUCAAUUCAACAGUUUAUUUUGAGCUUGAAUAAAUUUUCCAUUCCUUCCACAGUAACGACAUAUCUCUCAUCAAAAAUACCACAAUUACCUGUGCCUAUUACAAGGGCCAAGUUUGCAAAAAAGCUUUCUCUACAACUCUCUCUCAAUUGAGCCACUUACCAAGACUUCACAACGUGGAAAAUAACCUUGUUGAAGACCCUUUAAAAGCUACAGUGACGAUUAUCAAUAAAACUGUCACGCAUUCCGAAUGCAGAGAAUCGUUGAUUGCCUUGUUGUGCCAUCGCACUAUGCCACCAUGUCACGCAAACAACGGCGUUACACAGCUCUGUGUUGGAGUUUGUAAAGAGUUGUUUUCAAAGUGUGGGCAUUAUGUGGAUCAACUAGAAACUGCCAUUAAUCGCAUACCGGGUGGAAUGAAGUCCAAACUGUCAUUUCCAGGUUGUUUUGGGGUGAACAGCACCGACCAAAGUGAAGAAGAAAAUGGGACAUGUAUUAAGCUUACCUUGGGUGAGUAAAAUAGCGCUUAUUCUAAUUUUUGAGACAGACGAAGGCUGGUGGGUAAGGGGCUUAAUCCUUUUUUCGUCGAUUAAAAUGUAUUCAGAAAAUAAAAAUUAAAUCGAGUGGUUUUUUUUUUACUUCUUUGCUGAUAUUAUCAUCAGCGUUUGUCAUUAACCCACAAUGGCAUUGGCUUCUUGAAUGAAUAAAUGAAAGAAUGAAUGAAUGAAUGAAUGAAUGAAUGAAUGAAUGAAUGAAAGAACGAAUGAAUGAAUAAAUAAAUGAAUAAAAGAGUGAAAAAAUUAAUUAAUUAAUUGAUGGACACAUAAGUGACCAUUGAAUGACUCACGAAGCUCUGUUGGUAUAGACCAUUUUUUCUCUUUCGUAAAACUUUUCCCAUUUUCAGAUGCAAAACAGCCAAUAAAAGUUCCUACGAUCCAUCCUACAAAAAGGCGCACUCCAGUUUUUGCAGGUAUGUCCAAAUGA